AUAAAUAGUGUUUUUACGUAAUACCUUACAUUGAUAAACAAGCUAACAGAAGAAGCUCAUUUUCAGAAAACGUGCUAUCUACUAUUUUUGGAAAAUGCGAAUUGCGCUUUAGUUAUUUAAAUAAAAACAAGAUACAUAAAGACUGGCACAGUUCAAACAAUGGAGCUGCAUACACCAGCCAUAAUACCAGCUCCUGAAAAUCCCCCAACACCACCAGAUCGUACUGGCACAGUUCAAACAAUGGAGCUGCAUACACCAGCCAUAAUGCCAGCUCCUGAAAAUCCCCCAACACCACCAGAUCGUAACACUCCAACAAACACUCCAACAAACAGUAACGCAUGGUUGUGGUUUAAAAAAGCUGCCCUGCCCUUAGCAGUCGCUGGAGCCUCGGUUGUUGCAGCCCCUCUUGUUCUGUCCGCUGCAGGAUUUGGUGUUGGAGGCAUCGUAGCGGGAUCCUUGGCAGCAAAAGGGAUGUCCGCAAUUGCGAUGUCGAAUGGCGUUGGUGUAGCUGCCGGGAGUUUCUUUGCGGCAUUCCAGUCAGCAGGGGCGGUUGGAAUAGCCGGAAGUACACUUACGGGGAUCGGGAUGGCAACUGGAACAGCCACAGCUGCUGUACAAGAAGGAAUAAAUCGCUUUAAAAGGAAUAACAACAACAACAAUGGGAAUAAUAGUGAAACAGAGGAAAACGAGGAAUCAGAAAAUGAGGAAGAGCAGGGAAGUGACGAGUUAUAGAUUGUCAAUGUCAUUGACUUGUAUUUGACGUAUUGUGUGUGUGUAUAUUUUUUAUUGUGCAUUUGAUUCUUGUGUCAAACAGAAAAGUACGUUCUGGAACAGUAUGACAUGUCCUGUUGGCUAUAUCUUCUACUUUAUCGCGAUUUUUGUUUUGAUUUUUUAGAAAUUUCAAACCAGCUUUUUACUGGGAAAAGUUUAAAAAAUCACUAUGGAAUAAAUACAAAAUAUACAACUGUCAUCAGUUGAGACGUUGUCUAGAAUUGUAGCGUACAAAGUUCAGAAAAUUAUAUGACCUUCCUUAAUUCAAGAAAAACAUGUGCUUUCUGCUAGAUACAGAUCAGCAGUCAUUAAUUCCCCUUAAAGAAUUAGGAGUAGAUGUAUGCGAAAUCAUAAUAAUUAAUUGAGUGAUGGAAAUAUUAGAUUUAGCAACAUUUUAAGAAAGAUGUACUAAUACUUAAGGUUUAUGUGCUAUGUCUUUGGCGUUUACCCACUGCCAUUAAACCGGGUUUAUGUUUAAACUUUUUGCUUCUGAACUUGUUUCUGUAGCUUUUCGCAUAAAUAUUGAUAAAUAUUCCUUUUGCAUUGACUUUGUCUAAUUUGAAUAAAAUAU